UUUUUAUGUUUUUUAAGGCAACUGCUUUCUUUAUGCUUACGAAAACUAUCGAGUCCGGAGUAGUCUAUAUACGUGAAAAUUGCACAAUUUACAGGUUAAAUACACACAGCUACCAAACUGAAACUACAUAUAGAGUAUAACUAAGACGGCCUUUGCAUUCAGAUCCGAAAUCGAAUUCAGCGACACUCCUCGGCCUUGACGAUGGCGAUGGUUGGAGUGGAAACGAAGCAUCCGGAUGCGGCGGUGGCGGCGGCGGAGGAGACUUGCUCGGCCAAGCCGUCGAAGCAAGGUGAGGGGCUGAGGCAGUACUACCUCCAACAUAUCCACGAGCUCCAGCUCCAGGUCCGACAAAAGACCCACAAUCUCAACCGUCUUGAGGCCCAGCGGAACGAGCUCAAUUCUCGAGUGAGGAUGCUUAGGGAAGAACUACAGCUACUCCAGGAACCUGGAUCAUAUGUUGGUGAAGUUGUCAAAGUAAUGGGAAAGAAUAAGGUUUUAGUCAAGGUUCAUCCUGAAGGGAAAUAUGUUGUUGACAUUGAUAAAAAUAUUGAUAUCACGAAGAUCACUCCAUCAACAAGAGUUGCUCUCCGCAAUGACAGCUAUGUUCUUCAUUUAAUCUUGCCAAGCAAAGUUGAUCCACUAGUCAACCUUAUGAAAGUUGAAAAAGUUCCUGAUUCUACGUACGAUAUGAUUGGUGGUCUUGACCAGCAAAUUAAAGAGAUAAAGGAGGUGAUCGAGCUUCCAAUCAAGCAUCCUGAAUUGUUUGAGAGUCUUGGGAUAGCUCAACCAAAGGGUGUUCUACUAUAUGGGCCACCUGGUACGGGGAAAACUCUGUUGGCUAGGGCAGUUGCCCAUCAUACCGAUUGUACUUUCAUCAGGGUUUCUGGUUCUGAAUUAGUUCAGAAGUACAUUGGAGAAGGUUCCAGAAUGGUUAGGGAACUUUUUGUUAUGGCCAGGGAACAUGCUCCAUCUAUCAUAUUUAUGGAUGAAAUUGACAGCAUUGGAUCUGCUCGAAUGGAAUCUGGUAGUGGUAAUGGUGACAGUGAGGUGCAGCGGACUAUGCUGGAGCUUCUCAACCAACUGGAUGGAUUUGAAGCAUCAAACAAGAUCAAGGUUUUGAUGGCUACCAAUCGGAUUGAUAUUCUGGAUCAAGCUCUUCUUAGGCCUGGGAGAAUUGACAGGAAGAUAGAAUUUCCUAAUCCUAAUGAGGAGUCUCGUUUUGAUAUUUUAAAAAUACAUUCAAGAAGAAUGAAUUUAAUGCGUGGGAUUGAUCUGAAGAAAAUAGCAGAGAAGAUGAAUGGUGCAUCUGGUGCAGAGCUCAAGGCUGUGUGCACAGAAGCUGGGAUGUUUGCUCUGAGGGAGAGGAGGGUUCACGUCACACAGGAAGACUUUGAGAUGGCUGUGGCGAAGGUAAUGAAGAAGGAGACUGAGAAAAACAUGUCAUUACGGAAGCUGUGGAAGUAACGUUGUUCUAUGUUUUUCCAUGUAUUUUUUUUUCUUCCUUCGAUAAGAUGUUCUUCCUUGUAUUUUGCACUGUUCUUUGAGCCUACGCGGAUAUAAAAAAGGAACUGAUGAUGCUUGCAAUAGUUCAAGUUUAAAACCAUUGACAUCUCUGUUUGUUUGAUUUGAUCAUAUCUUUUCAAAUGAGACAUCUCUCUCUAA